UAGCCAUGGUCAUCAUUCAGUUAACUCAACGACGCUAACUACAAUCUCAAGAUGAAAUUCGUUAUUGUCUUCUCCGCCCUUUUCGCUGUCGCCUUGAGCGCUUCUAUCGCUACCGACUCAUCUCACGCUGAGACCCUCCGUUAUGACAACGACAACAUCGGAGUUGAAGGAUACAAAUACGCUGUUGAGACCAGUGAUGGUAAGGCCGCUAGCGAACAAGGUAUUGUGAAGAACGUUGGUGCCGAAAACGAGGCUAUCGCUGUCCAAGGACAAUACAGCUACGUCGGACCCGAUGGUGUCACCUACACUGUCACCUACAUCGCCGAUGAGAACGGUUUCCAACCACAAGGUGCUCAUUUGCCCGUUGCUCCUUCCCUUUAAAUGAUUUAAAUCUUUAAAGCUAUGAAAGAGCGUCUGUUGAGGCCUGAUUGGUCAUUUUAGUGAUUGAUUAGGUUUUCGACAUUUGUGUUAACUAGUCUAUCAUGUUAUGUGUAUACUUAAGGAAUAAAAAAAUCGUAUGAGUAAAA